UUUUAAGGACGUAAUUUUCCUCUCAGGUUACUUCUUUCAUUGGCCUGCAAUAAAUCAACUCUGUCUCCACAUGGUGAUUGGAUUCUACUUUUGUAAAUGCUUAAUUAAUAAUGGAAGCUAUGAAUUCUCCGUAUUCUUUUGUUGUUUGUCAGUAUUUGUUCGCCAAUCUCUUGUUUUUUCCAAUUUCUUUAUUAAUAUUUGCUUCCCAUUUUUCCAUUUUCAAGCCUCCAGUUUUCCUUCUUGGAAUCCCACUUUCUUUUACUCGUUCAACUCUGUCUUCCCUUCCAUUCUUUUUUUAUAUUCCCACACUCUCUGCAAAUACCUCCACUUUCCUCUCUUUCUGUCCUGUCUCUAUCUUUUUGCUUUUUUUUUUUCUCACUCAUUUCUUGCCUAUCUAGAGUUGCCCACAUUCAGUGUUCGUUUGGUGACUGCCAACUACUUGAUUUUACCUUCAUAUGAACUGGGUAUUUGUCAAAUUUUGAUUUGGAGAUCCAUUCGCCCAGUUUAAACAAUUUCCAUCACUUGUUAUUGGAUAUCUGCUCGUUCUGAGCGAGAAAUCUUAUCUAUUAUGGCUCAAAAUACUAUUGAUCAUUCAUUCUCGUUAGGUGGCUCACGUCAUAUGCAGGGUCAAGAAGAAGUGCCAUUCCAGACCAAUAAAGGGUCUUCGAAAAUUUGCCUUGUGCAUGGUAAUUUAGAUAUAUGGGUUAAGGAGGCUAAAAAACUUCCCAACAUGGAUAUGUUUCAUAAAGCCUUAGGGGACAUGUUUUCCAAAUUGCCUAUGAAGGUUAGUCGUGUAAGUAAUAAUAUAACUAGUGAUCCGUAUGUCACAAUUUCGUUAUCUGGUGCUGUAAUUGGGAGGACUUUUGUCAUCAAUAAUAGCGAGAAUCCAGUAUGGAUGCAGCAUUUCAAUGUUCCUGUUGCACAUCAUGCUGCAGAGCUGCACUUUGUCGUCAAAGACAAUGAUGUUGUUGGCUCACAGCUUAUAGGUGCUGUGGGAAUCCCAGCAGAGCAGCUGUGUUCUGGCAAGAAAAUUGAGGGCACUUUUCCAAUUCUAGCCGCCAAUGGGAAGCCUUGCAAGCCUGGAGCCGAAUUGAGCUUAUCAAUUCAGUUUACCCCAGUACAGCAAAUGGCAAUUUAUAAGCAUGGAGUAGGUUCAGGUCCUGAUUACAAUGGGGUUCCGGGAACGUACUUUCCUCUUAGAAGAGGAGGCAAAGUUACUCUCUAUCAAGAUGCACAUGUUCAUGAUGGUUGCCUACCUGAUUUGAAGCUUGAUGGUCAUGUUCAGUAUGAGCAUGGGACUUGCUGGCUUGACAUCUUUAAUGCCAUCAGUCAGGCUCGGCGUUUGAUUUACAUUACUGGGUGGUCUGUAUACCACCAGGUUAGAUUGGUUCGAGAUGGUCAUGAUGGAAAGGAUUGUACAUUGGGUGAUCUUCUCAAAAUCAAAUCUCAGGAAGGUGUAAGAGUGCUGCUCCUUGUAUGGGAUGAUCCUACUUCUAGGAGUUUCUUGGGAUAUAAAACGGAGGGCAUCAUGAACACCAGUGAUGAGGAAACUCGCCAUUUUUUCAAGCACUCUUCAGUGCAAGUGCUGCUUUGCCCUCGAUCUGGUGGAAAAGGACACAGCUUUAUGAAAAAGCAGGAAGUUGGAACAAUCUAUAGUCAUCAUCAGAAAACAGUGAUAGUGGAUGCUGAUGCAGGUCAUUAUAAAAGAAAGAUUGUAGCUUUUAUUGGAGGACUUGAUCUAUGCAUGGGCCGAUAUGACACUCCACAGCAUCCUCUUUUUAGGACAUUAGAAACAGUGCACAAAGAUGACAAUCGCAACCCUACAUUCAUGGAGCCUGGUGUUGGUUGUCCAAGACAACCAUGGCAUGAUUUGCACUGUAAAAUUGAUGGCCCAGCAGCAUAUGAUAUUCUCACCAAUUUUGAGGAGCGUUGGUUGAAGGCUUCAAAGCCUCAUGGGAUUCAAAGACUGAAGGCAUCAUAUGAUGAUGCAUUACUCAAGUUUGAAAGAAUUCCUGAAAUAAUUGGGAUUGCAGAAGUUUCUUGCCAGGCUGAAAAUGACCCAGAGACUUGGCAUGUUCAGGUUUUCCGUUCAAUUGAUUCCACUUCUGUCAAAGGCUUCCCGGAUGAUCCAAAGGAUGCAACAAGCAGGAACCUGUUAUGCGGAAAGAAUGUACUCAUAGAUGCGAGCAUACAUACAGCAUAUAUCAAAGCAAUCCGUGCCGCCCAACAUUUCAUCUAUAUUGAAAACCAGUACUUUCUUGGAUCUUCGUAUAACUGGGAUGCUCACAAAGACAUAGGUGCAAAUAACUUAAUACCCAUGGAAAUUGCUCUUAAGAUUGCCAACAAAAUCAGAGCAAAUGAGAGGUUUUCUGCAUAUAUUCUUAUCCCAAUGUGGCCCGAAGGUGUUCCUACAGGCACUCCUACGCAGAGGAUUCUCUUUUGGCAGCAAAAGACAAUGCAAAUGAUGUAUGAAACAAUUUACAAGGCUUUGGUGGAAGUUGGACUUGAAAACACAUAUGAGCCACAAGACUACUUGAAUUUCUUCUGCCUUGGUAAUCGUGAGGCAUUGGACAGGGAAAACAGUUUAAAUGGCCAAAGUACCAAUGCAACAAACACUCCUCAGGCGUUGAGUCGGAAAAAUAGACGCUUUCAGAUUUAUAUUCAUUCCAAAGGAAUGAUAGUGGAUGAUGAGUAUGUGAUAAUGGGAUCUGCAAAUAUCAACCAGCGUUCCAUGGAUGGUACCAGAGACACUGAGAUAGCAAUGGGUGCAUAUCAACCUCAGCAUGCCUCUGCAAGGCGCUCUCAUCCGCACGGACAGAUUUAUGGACAUAGGAUGUCAUUAUGGGCAGAGCACAUUGGAGGUAUUGAGGAAUGCUUUGAGCAACCAGAGAGUCUUGAAUGUGUAAGACGUGUAAGGUCACUGAGUGAGCUCAACUGGAGACAGUAUGCAGCUGAUAAUGUAACAGAAAUGAAGGGUCACCUCUUGAAGUAUCCAGUUGCUGUUGAUCAAACAGGCAAGGUCAAGGCUCUGCCCGGCUGCGAAACAUUCCCGGAUGUUGGUGGUAACAUACUAGGGUCGUUCAUAGCCAUUCAAGAAAAUCUCACAACCUGAGAUAUAGUACUUAGCCGACUCAUGUUUAUUCUGCUGCACAUGUAUUCAGAUAGUUAUCUGAUUUUCCCUUUGUUAUGUUCCAAAUUAUACCAAUAUGGAGUUUGUUUUUAGGCCA